AUGGAAGUAGACCCUUCAAACAGCACUUUUGCCAACACAUCACAUGUCCAGGCGGCUCCCCACAACGUCUGGGAGGUUAUUACCAUCGCUACAGUGUCAGCCAUUGUCAGCUUGAUAACUAUUGUUGGUAACGUGUUAGUGUUGCUGUCCUUCAAAGUCAACAGCCAGCUGAAGACUGUAAACAACUACUACCUACUGAGUCUGGCUUUCGCUGACCUCAUCAUUGGAGUGUUGUCAAUGAACCUAUACACCACAUAUAUCCUGAUGGGUUACUGGUCCUUGGGGAACCUUGCAUGUGAUCUCUGGCUAGCAGUGGAUUAUGUUGCCAGCAAUGCUUCAGUUAUGAACUUACUCGUCAUCAGCUUUGACAGGUACUUCUCGAUCACAAGGCCGCUAACUUACAGGGCUAAAAGGACUCCAAAGAGAGCUGCCAUCAUGAUUGGCCUUGCAUGGCUGGUGUCUUUUGUCCUUUGGGCGCCACCCAUUCUGUGCUGGCAAUACAUUGUAGGAGAGAGAAACGUGCCUCCUAACCAGUGCAAGAUCCAGUUUUUAAAAGAGCCAGUGAUGACAUCUGGUACAGCCAUUGCUGCUUUCUACAUCCCUGUCUCGGUUAUGACCAUCCUCUAUUGUAGAAUCUACAAGGAGACACAGAGGCGCACCAAAGAUUUGGCAGAGCUGCGAGGCCUGGCUACUGAAAAUGUUCUAGAAGGGACGAAACCACAGAAAACUAUCAUUCAUUCUUGCUUUCAUUUCACAAGAGAGAGGAGAGACCUCAGUCAGGCCUCCUGGUCCUCAUCUAACCAAAGUAAUGCCACUAAAACUACCACAAGAUCAGAUGAGGCGUGGGUGAAAGCAGAUCAGAUCACUUCCUUUAAUAGCUACUCCUCAUCUGAAGAAGAGGAGCAGCAUGUUUCAAUAGAAACCCCACAGGGGUCUUUCAAAGAGCAAGGUAGUGAACAAAGUAAUAAGAAUGGACAGGUGAGUGAUUAUACAGAAGAUCUGUACUUUUCCACUCCUCAAAAGAAGAGCAGUAAAAAACACAUCUCUAAUAAAUUUAAACCCGGCUCGAGCUCGAAGGAUAAAAACGGCAAACCAAUGACUGCCACACCCAGCCUGCCGAAAGCAGAAGAGCCCACCAAAAACGCCUCCCCUUCCUCCUCCACCACCUCCAAACCCAUUGACCCCGUCCUGAAGAACCAGAUCACCAAGAGGAAGAGGAUGGUGCUUGUGACAGAGAAGAAGGCGGCCCAGACUCUCAGUGCCAUCCUGCUGGCGUUCAUCCUCACAUGGACGCCUUACAACAUCAUGGUGCUCAUCUCCAUUUUCUGUACCGAGUGCAUCCCCAUGUCCCUGUGGCACCUGGGCUACUGGCUUUGCUACGUCAACAGCACCAUCAACCCCAUGUGCUACGCACUCUGCAACAAGACCUUUCAGAAGACCUUCCGCAUGCUUCUGCUCUGCCAGUGGAGGAGAAGGAGGAGAGGUGACGACAAGCUGUACUGGGGUGGACAAAACCCAAAUGUCAACAAUAAAAUGACUUGA